CCACCUCCGCCGCCGGCCCGCCGCCGCCCCCACCGCCGCCCGCGGCCCACCGCCAUGCUGCUCCUCCGCAGGCACCUCCUCCCUCUCCACCGCGCGGCCUCCUCGCUCCCUUCCCCCAUCUACCACCGCGCCUGGCUCCUCUCAACCUCCACCUCGUCCUCCACCGCCCCGUUCUCCCUCGAGGACUACCUCGUCGCCGCCUGCGGACUCCACCCAGCUCAAGCCCGCAAGACGGCUAAGAAGGCGUUCGAUGAAGCAUCCAGACAUUGUAACAAGAAGGCAUUCGAGGAGCUAUGCUGGUCCCGCCUCAAAUCCGCCUCCAACCCCGACGCCAUCCUCGCCCUGCUCUCCGGCGUCGGCCUCUCCAGCGCCGACAUCGCCGAAGUCGUCGUCGCGGACCCGUUGCUCCUGCGCGCCUGGCCCAAGAACAUCGGGCCCCGCCUUCAUGCUCUCCGUGACCGCCUCGGCCUGUCCAACCCCCAGAUCGCUCGCUUCCUCGUGGUCGGCUCACGCGCCCUCCGCGGCUGCGACGUUGUUCCAAGGCUCGAGUUCUUCAUCUCCUUCUUCGGUUCAUUUGAACAGCUCCUCGCGAUCUUGAGGAAGAGUGAACGCAUUCUACUUGUGGAUCUUGAAAGGGUUAUCAGUCCUAAUAUCGCGCUGCUUUGUCAUUGGGGCUUAAGUGUUCGAGAUAUUGCCCAGCUGUGUUCACACAACUCGUGGUUGCUUACCUAUAGCCUGGAGCGCGUCAAGGAAUUCUUGCUGCGCGCGGAAGAGCUUGGGGUGCCUCGCAGCUCGCGAAUGUUCAAGUAUGCGGUGUUAGUCGUCUCAAAUAUCACCAAAGAAAAGGCUGCUUCCAAGCUUAAAUUUUUGAAGAGUACUCUUGGUUGCUCCGAAAGUGAAGUUACAAUUGCAGUGUCCAAGAUGCCAAGUAUUCUGCCAUUGUCUGAGGAGCUGCUUCUCCGCAAGAUUCAGUUCUUGAUCAAAGAGGUUGGAAUGGAGCCUCAGUGCAUUGUUGAAAGGCCUGUCCUUUUAGCACUGAGCCUGGAGAAGCGGCUAGUGCCCCGGCAUUGUGUCAUGAAGGUCCUGCAGGCAAAGGGAUUGCUGAGUAGUAAAAUGGGCUUUUAUACAUUCGCUCAAUUUGGAGAGAAGACUUUCAAAUUGAAGUACAUCGACUGUCACAAGGACUCUGUUCCUGGGCUUGCAGAUGCUUAUGCCGCAGCUAGUGCUGGUGUUGUGCCCCCUGGAUUCAAAUUUGAACAUCUUGAAAUAUUCCAAUCCUUUUUGUUCGAUGGUGUAAGCGCAACUGACGCUCAUUAGCAGCUGGCGAUGGUGCAGGCAUUCUCAAUUCUUCUUUCUGCGGUAGAACAACUGGUGAUCUCUGACUGCUCAUCGUCCAUGUUUAAGUUAUGGUUGUCUAUUAUUCUGUCAAAGAGCUGGUUGGCUCAUUUUGGAGCCUUACUGCACGUGUUUGUUAGUUGCUUCUUCAGUGUAGCGCAUGGCUGAAGAUUAUCCUUAACUGAGAUGUUCAUCUGUGGAUAAGCCCUUGUCCUAGCACCUGAUCUAGUUGGAAUUUGACAGCACUGGCUUUCGUUUUUUCUCUAACCAUGUUUGCUCAAUAUGUUUCAUUUCCACUGACAUUUUACGGCGCUCACUGAUACUUAUUUGUUGCCUAAUUCGAUUUUAGAGGAAAGGGUUAUGUUUGUUCUACUGAUGUUUACAUUGCAUUUGCAAACUGAGCAAUAGCUCAGUGGUGGGCUGUUUGUGGUCGUUCCCACCGACCAGGUUCGAACCCUGGUAUUGCCGCACCCAAAAAAAAAAUUUCUCCAUGCUUGUUGGCUUGUGGCUAUGGUGUGUUUCCGUGCUCGCCGGCCUGGGUAGCGGUAUACGCCGGCGAAAGUUCGGUUUGGCCCAAUUGGCAUGGUUCCGGGUUAGGGGGAUUUCUCGGCCGGGAUCAUACAGUCCCUUCUUGUUGCAAUGCUUUGGGGGUGGUUCUUCACCCACUGGUGGAGUGUUUCUAUGUUUACAUUGCACUUACUGACUCUGAACUAUUACUUACAGUGGCUAGAAUUGGUACUGAGAAGAAACAAUUGUUUAAACCAUAUGUUGUGGCCACCAAUACAUUCUUGAUUUCUAAGAACUGUUUGGUUCCAUGGACCUCUGCCCUGUGAUUUUGAGAAGUGGGGGUUUCUGUCAAAAUAUUUGCACUUCUACAGCCUGCGUGCGUGAUGAUAAGAUGCAUAGUGCUAUUUAUGCGGAUUUUCUUACCAGCUACAACAUGUCAUACUAUGCAUUCUAGUUUUAUGGCAGGUCACGCGAUGUGUGCACGAAAUUAUUGAGGUGUUUUCUAAGUAGGAUCACAAAAGGCCGCUGUAACCACCAGUGCUCUCUGUGUUUGAGUUGCAUCUGAAAUACCAGGCCCCUGGAGAGCUCCUCCUUUACUGCAUGAUUAAUAAAGUAUGGUUGGCGUGAUGCCGUCCAAAGUUUUGAUCUAUUUUCGACAACUCAUGUGCAGAAGCAGCAGGCCCGACAGGCUUAGUUUGUGUCACUCUAAAAUAAGGUUAAAUAUGCAAGAUUUAUUUUGUUCAGGUUUGUUAGUUUAAAGGAUGGCUCACUUAUUGUCAUUUUAGUUUUUGGCAACCUUAUUCUAGUUUCACUAGCUCCUGGAGCUUUCGACAAUAGGGAAAACAGUGCAAAAAGGGAAACAUUGCCAAAUUCUGUGAGACCUUUGCUUUAUUCUUCAUUUCAGCUGAUGGUGCCACUUGUAACUGCAUACCGCUAUGAUGGACCAGAGGUCAACACAAGGUUGGCACACUCAGAAGCCAAAAUACUUCAUGAGAAGAUCCAUCACAAGUCUUACAGUGAUGAUGAGAUCACCAGAAUUCUCACCACCAGGAGCAAGCUCAGCUGCUUGCUACAUUCGAUUAUUACAAUGAUGCAUUUGGCCACCUAAUCAACAAGGAUCUGAAGGCUGAUCCCAAGGAUGAGUACCUCAAGAUGCUGCGAGCGAUCAUCCGGUGCUUCACCUGCCCCGACAGGUACUUCAAGAAGGUUGCCAGGCAGGCCAUUGCGGGUCUAGGCACAGACGAGAGCUCCCUGACCCGGGUCAUCACCACCCGCGCGGAGGUGGACCUGAGGUUUAUCAAGGAGGCAUACCAGAAGAGGAACAGCGUGCCACUGGAGCGCACCAUCGUGGGGGACACCUCCGGCAACUAUGAGAACAUGCUCCUCACGCUCCUGGGGCUGGAGUGAUCUGCCCUCGCAUGUCGCACUGUCGCUGCUCGGUUCCGUGCUGUGUUGUAUGUGAUCUGAUCGGGUAAUAAACCCAGUAUGCGCUGCUGUAAGUCAUUGUGGACGUGAGGCUGUUUCUCCAGUGUUGGUACUGUCGCUGCAGCUUUGAGGGUUUGUUUGGAUCGAGACAGCUCACUGGCCAGGCAGCGAUCUCAGCCCCAGGCGAUGAAAAUCAAACGCCUGGGAGCGCUGCCUGGCCCAGGCAGCUUUGCCGAGGCCUAAACCAAACAGCCCCUGAGUGUGUUUGUUUUUUUAUCUUAAUCUUUAGUUCUAGACUUGCAUUAUGUGGUGUUUGCGCUAGGAGUUGUGUUAGGUUUUGUCAAAUUGCUGAAAUUCUAAUAACCUAUCUUUCAUUGCUGGGGAAAA